CACGGGGAUCGUGAGGGAGACACGGGACACUUUGAAGGAGACACGGGGACUGUGAGGGAGACACGGGGACUGUGAGGGAGACAUGGUACACUGUGAGGGAGACACGGGGAUCGUGAGGGAGACACGGGGACUGUGAGGGAGACACGGGGCACUGUGAAGGAGACACGGGACACUGUGAAGGAGACACGGGGAUCGUGAGGGAGACACGGGGACUGUGAGGGAGACACGGGACACUGUGAGGGAGACACGGGGACCGUGAGGGAGACACGGGGCACUGUGAGGGAGACACGGGACACUGUGAAGGAGACACGGGGGCUAUGAGGGAGACACGGGGACUGUGAGGGAAACACGGGACACUGUGAAGGAGACACGGGGAUCGUGAGGGAGACACGGGGACUGUGAGGGAGACACGGGACACUGUGAGGGAGACACGGGGCACUGUGAGGGAGACAUGGGGAUCGUGAGGGAGACACGGGGCACUGUGAAGGAGACACGGGACACUGUGAAGGAGACACGGGGACCGUGAAGGAGACACGGGGCACUGUGAGGGAGACACGGGGGCUAUGAGGUAGAUACGGGGGAGCCUCCCUCCUCUACACCAAUCAAGUCCCUGUCACGUACCCCCCUCCCCCUGCCUGGAGGGGUGAGAUGGGCGGGUUGCAGGGUCCACCACCACAAGUGGCCAGGCAGUGAUGCUGCAUCACUCACUACCUGGUCGCUUUUGGUGGUGAACCUCAGCUUGCCCUGUGGCGUUCAACUUCAUUCGGAAGUCUCGUGCCUCGUACCGCACGCGGCCUGAGGUUUGGAGGCCCCCUGGCAGUCCGAGGCCCCGGGGCACUGGCCCCACUGACCCAAAGGCCCGGUCCAUAAUCCAGCUUUGGUGAUGCAGGCACAGAGCGGGCGCCAUGUGGAUGCUUCGCCCGACCCCGUGGCGAACUCUGGCCUGUUCCGUGGUGGCCGUGAGAAGGGGGGCCGCCAUGGGCCCCCCAAAACCCGGGCCCCUCGCCCUGCUCGCCUGCAGACCAAGAGACACCUACCUGGACCUGGUAUUUGGGGUCUCCUCAAAACCCAUCGAUGCGGAACCGGGGGUGCGAAGAGCCGAUGAGGAGACGGUGGUGAGCGGCGGCGAUGAGGAGGAGGGUGAGGGCGAGGAGGUGGUGGUGAGCGUGGACUACGUGUGGCUGCGCGACCACUGCCGUGCGCACGGCUCCAGCGUGCGUGUGGACACGGGCCAGCGCCUGCUGGAUACGGCCUCCAUCCCCCUGGACGUGCGGCCUCGCGGAGCACGCGUGCACGGGGACACACUCACCCUCACGUGGCUGGACGGCCACGUGAGUGAGUACGCGGGGUCGUGGCUUUUCAACGCCAGUGGCGAGCGUCAACGGCACUCGCUCACCCAGCCUCACACUCACCUGUGGGACUGGCUCACCCUGCAGAGGCUCGCUCACCACGACCCAGCGGUGCUGCUGGGUGAGCGUUUUGCGGCGGUGCUGGACUGUGAGGACGCUCUGCGCCGGGUGCUGCACCGCCUCUUGCUGCUCGGCUUCGCUGUCGUGAGGGAGACGCCCCCCACCAUGGACGCCACACGAGCGGUGGCAGAGCGCCUCUCAUUCAUCCGGGAGACGGUGUUUGGCCGCAUGUGGGAAUUCUCCGCGGACGGUGAGCGGAGUGACACGGCCUACACCGCGGAGUCUCUGGACCGCCACACGGAUACCACCUACCUGCACGAGCCUGCCAGGGUGCAGGUGUUCCACGUGCUGCGCGGCGCGGACGAGGGCGGCCGCACGCUGCUGGUGGACGGCUUCGGGGCGGCGUGGAGGUUGCACCGCCGCCGACCGGACGCCUUCGCGGUGCUGGCGCGCGUCCCGGUCACGCACGAGUUCAGCGAGGGCGGCGCCGGUGGCGCCGGCGGAGGGGGAGGGGACGCCGCUGGGGGGCGCCAGCACCGGCACCUGCUGCGUGCCACGCACACCGUCGUCGGCACCACUCCCACGGCCAACGGCGGCCACGGGGAGCUCCUCAUGAUGUGCUACAAUAACUACGACCGCGUGUCGCUGGCUGUGAGUGGGCAUGAGGAGGCUCGCCGCUGGUACCACGCCCACCGCCACCUCACCGCGCUGCUACGGCAACCCAGCACAGAGGCCUGGUUCCAGCUGCAGCCUGGCACGGUGCUGCUGAUUGACAACUGGCGUGUGCUGCACGGGCGUGAGGCAUUCUUGGGGCCGCGCCGCGUCUGCGGCUGCUACCUGCCCCACGACGACCUCAUGGACACCGCUCGUCGCCUCGGCCUGCUUGCCUAGCCACACCCUGCACCAUGGCACCCAGGGGAGGCCUGGGGGAGACCCAGGGGAGACCCAGGGGUGACCCAGGGGAGACCCAGGGGAGACCCAGGGGAGA